CUUUUUUUUUUUUUUUUUUUUUUUCUUUGUCAAGAAAAAGGGACGUUUUUGUCAUGAAAAAGGGAGGUUUUUGUUGUUGGGGCACUAAUUGUAAGUGUAUGUUCUGUUUUUUAUGUUGAUUUAAUGAAAAAAAAUUAAAAUAUAUAUAUGGUGGGAGAGGGGUUAGUGCGUCUGCCUCACAAUACGAAGGUCCUGCAGUCCUGGGUUCAAAUCCAGGCUGGGGAUCUUUCUGUGUGGAGUUUGCAUGUUCUCCCCGUGACUGCGUGGGUUCCCUCCGGGUACUCCGGCUUCCUCCCACUUCCAAAGACAUGCACCUGGGGAUAGGUUGAUUGGCAACACUAAAUUGGCCCUAGUGUGUGAAUGUGAGCGUGAAUGUUGUCUGUCUAUCUGUGUUGGCCCUGCGAUGAGGUGGCGACUUGUCCAGGGUGUACCCCGCCUUCCGCCCGAUUGUAGCUGAGAUAGGCGCCAGCGCCCCCCGCGACCCCGAAAGGGAAUAAGCGGUAGAAAAUGGAUGGAUGGAUGGAUAUAUAUAUAUAUAUAUAUAUAUAUUGUAGCAAGAUCCUGCUUGUUCUUCUGGGAGCACAGGGAAGGAGCAGCACACUCGAGCAGGUUUACACUUUUUAAUUACUGUUUGUUCACACAAAUGUCAGUUUUGGCUUUUCAGCCCGUACUUGCAAUCCACAAUGUUUUUAGUUAUUUCUUCACUUCGGCUUCUCAGUCGAUCGUCCUCUGCUCCGCCUGCGUCCUCCCUCCCUCAAGGUUUCCCGCGCCGCUAAUAAAGGAACAGGUGAUUAGAUAACUCGUUACAGCUGAGGUCAUCUACUCACCUGUCAGCUGCUUCAUGGCCGAUCGCUGCACACACCCCGCCCGCAGGGAACGUGUGGCCCACGCCCCUGCCACAAUAUAUAUUAGGGGUGGGCAAAUUAAUGCGUUAAUUACGAGUUAACUCAUCAAUCUAUUAACGCCGACAAUUAUUUAAUCGCACAUUUGCGUAUGUUGUUUACAUGCUUUUAUUUUGUUAACGCCUUUUCUUAACAAGAUGGCGUCGCCCGGAUGGGCUUCGGCGUCGAGGGGCUCUUGGUAAAGAUGGAACAUUUGGCAAAAAUACCGGACAAUUCUGCAAAUUUAAUGGCUGGCUUACAGCGUGGUCACUCCAGGAUCACUUCAGACAAUUCUGAAUGUGGAUAGAUCGGGCCGUUUUGGACUGAAUGACGCAUGCUUGCUAGACCGGCUAGCUAGCAUGGGGAUACUUUGCCGGCUACAUCCAGCGGCCUGUGAAGCAGCGGAGUAUAUGUGUUGUCUGUCUAUUUAUGAAUAAUGCAGACCAGGAGUGUUGGAUGAGUUCUUAACGUUUGCUUUCAGAGCGUGCAUAUCACAACAUACAAGAGGCCGUCAUGGCGACACACAACCUAUACCGCGCAUGCUCGUCACUCCUGUUGCAUGCUGGGUAGGGUAGUUCUUUUUUUCCUUGGCUCAUAACAUCACAAUAUAGUACCAUGUAUAUGAUGCGUUCAGUUUAUCAAAGCACCAAGCAAACAAUCGGAAAAUUGCCAUAUCAAUUCCUAGAUAUGGUCAUAAUUAUUUUAAGUGCACUACGCAGAAUAAACACAACAUUAUUAAUAUUGCUACUACGGAUUAUUUGAUCAAAAAUACCCUAAAACAGCCCACUACCUGUAAUAUAGGUUUUUUAAACAUAAGAUCCCUGAUUAAAAAAAAUGUUUCUGCUGUUACCUCAGAAAUUGCCUGUUCAGAUGUUAUGAUUGUGGCUCAGAGAUUUGUAUGUAGAUUAUAUUUAUUUUCCAUAACAAACAGGAUAACUUAAAUACUCUGGCAGUGGCAAUAAGCUUAAAUGUUUGUAUUUACAUUUUUUGAGUUGAUUUUCAUAAAAUAUGCUAUUUAACUGCUACUGUUUAACAAGGACUGAUUUAAAUUGUGUUUGCACAACAAAUGUUUUGUCGUUUUUGUUCAUGUGGGAGAAUAUUCCAAUGAAGGUGCACUACACAUUACUUUUGAAUUCAUUAUUGGGCUUUGCGUAUACAAUGCAGUUAAUCGCGAUUAAUCAGAGAAAUAGUGCGAUUAACUUCGAUUAAAAUUUUUAAUCGUUGCCCAGCCCUAAUAUAUAUAUACAUAGUUGUCAGGUUCAAACACUGAUGACAUCUAUUAAACAAGACAAGAAGGAAAGGAUCAAACAGAGACCGAAUACAAUUUGGCUCAAUUGGAGGAGAGACACCCGGACACUAUAAGUGUUUCAGUAAACUCUGGCAAAAGAUUGCAUGCCUCCUCCUUUAUUUGGACUUUCCCUGACCACAUGUCAACAGCUGCUUCCAAGAAAAGGUCGUAAAACAGUUCAAAGAAGAGGUUCGUAAAAGAGUUCAAAAAGAGGUCGUCUGGAACUUGGGCAGAUCCUGCCUUUUCUCCGCUUCGUAGUUUUUGGGUUGAAACAAUAUCUUUCUGUUGAUUACAAAACAUGAAAGAAACAGAAACACCUUCAUUUUGCUUCCCCUCUACACAGUGGAGUUUUACAACCCUUCUUCUUGGUAGGUUCAAAGACAUCUUUUGGUCUUCUCGCUGGGAACUCAUUUUUUACACAACGUUAUUAUGAUAUCUUAGAUAAAAUUAUUCUAACACAAGUCAUGAGGAUUUGAUGUGAAUUAUUCUAACACAAGUCAUGAGGAUUUGAUGUGAAGUGAAUUAUAUUUAUAUAACGCUUUUCUCAAGUGACUCAAAGCGCUUUACAUAGUGACACCCAAUAUCUAAGUUACAUUUAAACCAGUGUGGGUGGCACUGGGAGCAGGUGGGUAAAGUGUCUUGCCCAAGGACACAACAGCAGUAACUAGAAUGGCACAAGCGGGAAUCCAACCUGCAACCCUCAAGUUGCUGGCACGGCCACUCUACCAACCGAGCUAUGCCGCCCCAAUUUGAUCUAUUCCGCCUCUAAAAAAAACCUCUAGACCAUGGGUGUCAAACUCUGGCCCGUGGGCCAAAUCUGGCCCGUAGUUUAAUUUAAUUUGGCCCUUGAGGCAAUAUCAAUUUAGCAUUAGAGCUGGCCCGCCGGUGUUCUACAGCGUCGGUGCCGCUGUAACACCGCAUUCACCGCUAAUACUCAUACUUGCCAACUCUCCUAAUUUUCCCGGUAGACUCCCGAAGUUCAGUGCCCCUCCCGAAAAUCUCCCGGGGCAACCGUUCUCCCGAAUUUCUACCGAUUUCCACCUGGACAACUAUAUUGGGGGCAUGCAUUCAAGGCACUGCCUUUAGCGUUCUCUACAACCUGUCGUCACGUCCGCUUUUCCUCCAUACUAACAGCGUGUCACAUAAUAUUUGUGGCUUUUACACACACACGCACAAGUGAAUGCAAGCAUACUUGGUCAACAGCCAUACAGGUCACACUGAGGGUGGCCGUAUAAACAACUUUAGCACUUUUACAAAUAUGCGCCACACUGUGAACCCACACCAAACAAGAAUGACAAACACAUUUCGGGUGAACAUCCGCACCGUAACACAACAGAACAAAUACCCAGAACCCCUUGCAGCACUAAGUCUUCCGAGAAACUUCCAGCAAACUGACCAAUAAUUAACGUUUUAUUCAUGCAUUUUCUCUUGCUACUUCAAGGCUUGAAUGUGUGGUUCAUUCAUUAUUGUUAUUUUAUUUUCAAAUGUAUUAUUAGCCUGUGGAAAAAAAAUUAUAUUUACCUCAGAAGAUUGCAAAUAGAUAAAAAGGCAUACAAUUUUUAUUUAAAUUUUAUUUGAUAUGCCAUUGAUAUUUUUUUAAUUAUUAUUAUUAUUAUUUGAAACUGGAUUUUGCAUGUCACUAAAGUUAUAUAAGCCCUGCUUGUUCAAUAUUUAAUGCAAAACUUGUUUGGGUCCCUAUUAAAAGGUUAAUUUGUUCAACCUUGGCCCGCGGCUUUGUUCUGUUUAAAAUGUUGGCCCACUCUGUAUUUGAGUUUGACACCCCUGAUCUAGACCAAGGGUGUCAAACUCAUUUUAGCUCACGGGCCCCAUGGAGGAAAAUCUAAUCCCAAGUGUGCACGACUGGUAAAAUCAUGGCAUAAUACUUUAAAAAUUAAGACAACUUCAGACAGUUUUUUUUGUUUUACUGGGGCCAAAAAUAGACCAUUCUGGAAAUAUACAAAUCACAAGUAAUCCUCUUGACAAAACACUUCAAGUUAGUUAAAAAAUUCUGUGGAAAAAAUUUGGUGCAUUUUCGAAAACAAAACAAAGGACACAAUGAACUUAGACUUUGACUGAGUCAAUCUGCAAAGUGAUGAUUAAACUUUAAGUCGCAGCCUAUUUGGGAUUGAACAAAACACUAAAUAGAUAUAAAAUAAUACAAACUUUUCUCAGUAUCACAUGUCAAAUCCGUCCGUUUUUUUUUUUUUUUUUGCAAUAGAAACAAUAUUUAACAUAAAAAUAAAUUGUUACCGGUUUUUUGGUUUGAUAAUAAAAAACAAAAAUGGAUCGUUAUCCAUUAUACCAGUUUGGUCAUGUGUUUCAAAAUUUAAAAAAAUCGGGAUUAAAACAGUGAAUGGAAAAUUAUUUUCUCUAUUCCCCGUUCAGUGUUUGGAGAUACGGUAGAUUGCACUUGCGAAGAGUCUCUUUUACGUAUCCUCGUUUGUGAAUGACCCGGAAAAACAACAAUGGAAGAAGAAGAGCGACGUUUGCCUGCUCAAUAGAGAACCAAUCAAAUGUGUCACUCUUCAUCUCUCGAUAUUAAAGAAAUAGAAGGGAUCUCUUGAUUGCGACAAAAUUGUUUUGACGACACGUACACCGUUUUUUGUCUUCUUCUGUUGAUUCGGGUCACUCACAGACGAGGAUCCUGAAAAGACACAAUUCACCCGUAAGUCCAAACAAAUUGAAUGCAGAAUAGAGAAAAUAGUUUUCCACUCGUUUGAAUUCCUAUUUUUGAUUUUCAAACACAUUUUUAAACUCAUAUAACGAAUAAUAGAAAAAGGAUAAUGAUACGUUUUAUGUUUUUUUCAAUUUUAUUUUUUUAUUAUUAACAAACUAAAAAACAGCAAAAGUGGAUUUUUAUAUUUACUAAUUUUUCUAUUCCAAACGAAAAACAGAUGACCUAUUACGUGUACAGGAGGAAGGGGGGCGUCGUUUAACUCGAUUUAUUAAUCUGUAUAACAUUUACAAGGGAAAUGAGAUGUCUAAUUAAUUCAAACUAUGUGUGUGGUGUGCGACUAUGUGUGGGAAUUAACUGUAGUGUGUUAUCCGUAGUGUUGAGCGAGAGGCAGAAGUCCAAAAUGGGCAGGGCUGGCUCGGAGGUCCGUGAGCAGACGUGAAGUACAAGGGGAGGAGAGAGACGUCAAAAGUCUGUGUCCAGGUGGGAGGUCGGGAUCCAUGAGGCAGUCAGGGAAGCAGAGGGAACACGGAGAGCUGAGACACACGGCUUGUGACGUGGGAACGGAGGUCUGCUGAUGGAAGGCGACAAGGAGGACACGAGACAAGGGAAACAGAGAGAGAGAGAAGCCCUCUUUCUACGAUGGUCAGCGGCGGAUCAGAUGGUUUAUGUCAUACAAGGUCUGACAGCUCACCUGAUGCAGCUCUUCACUGAUUUCGCAUACACCGACUGUGUGGCAGUGACAGAGGACAACGUACAGGACUUGUUGGUAGCCGCUGAUAAGUUCAACGUGACCGGCAUUGUUCAAACCUGCUGCAAGUUUCUAACAGAGCAGCUCUGCCCAGAGAACUGCAUCGGCAUCUGGCAGUUCACAAAGAACUGUUACACCCCGGAGCUGCAGCUCAAGGCCUACCAAUACAUCCUGUACCACUUUGAAGAGGUUGCAAACGCUGAUGAGUUGAGGCAACUCUCCAUGCAGGACUUCUGCGACAUCCUUGACAGAGACGACCUGAUCGUGAAAAAGGAAAACACCGUUUAUGAGGCCAUCCUCUACUGGAUCGCAGACGCACCUGGGGAGCGGGGCAGAAACUUGGCGGUGCUCCUAGACAAAGUGCGUCUAGCUCUGGUGAGUCAGGAGUACAUCACCAUCAACGUAUUGUCCAAUCAGCAGGUGCAGGACAGCCGAGAAUGCUUGGACAUGGUUGCUUUUGCGGCACGUGUGAUGCGACACAUGACAACAAACUCUGUCUCUGCAUAUUGCAACCUCAUCGCCCGUCCUCGCCUACCAUCUGCCAUGUUGUUGGCGAUCGGAGGCUGGAGUGGUCCGAGUGCAACGGACUGCAUCGAAGCAUAUGAUGUGCACGCCAACUGUUGGGACUACCUGUUCGACAAAAUGGAUCAAGCCCGCGCUUACUGCGGCGCCGCCUUUCUCAAUGACUGCAUUUACUGUCUGGGUGGCUUCGAUGGUGCGGAACAUUACAACACCGUCAGCCGCUUUGACCUGAACACACGGACCUGGCAGGAAGUGGCGCCCAUGCACUAUCGUCGCUGCUAUGUGAGCGUAACUGUGCUAAACGGAUGCAUCUACGUAAUAGGUGGUUUUGAUGGACAUGUAAGGCUAAAGACUGCAGAAUAUUACAGGCCUGAGACCAACCAGUGGACUUUUAUUGCGAGUAUGCACGAACAGAGGAGUGAUGCCAGCUGCACGGCCCUCAACAACAAGAUUUAUGUUUGUGGGGGUUUCAAUGGAAAUGAACCCUUGCAAACAGCAGAGUACUAUACCCCAGAGACCAACGAGUGGACUAUGAUUGCCCCAAUGGGCAGCCGCCGCAGUGGCGUUGGAGUCAUUGGGUUUGCUGACCAUAUUUAUGCAGUUGGAGGUUUCGAUGGUGAAAUCCGUCUGAGCAGCGCUGAGGCCUACAACCCACUGUCCAACAGCUGGAUUAUCUUGCCCCGCAUGCAAUGCCCAAGAAGCAACUUUGGCAUUGAAGUUGUCGAGGAUUGCCUGAUCGUCUCUGGGGGUUACAAUGGUAACUCCACAACCAGCCACGUUGAGUACUACGACCUAACAUCUGGUUUGUGGUCUCCAGCAAGUGAUAUGAGGCUCUCGCGUAGCGGUUUGACUUGCUGUGUGAUGACUGGACUCCACAACAUGACCCAGUGUGCUAUAGUUCGGAACAAUUUACCAUUGCUCUUCUUGGAAGAUGAAGUGACAGCAAUGGAAGAAUGACUUCAUAUGCCAAGAGAGGUGUUUCAGAAUAAACUGAAAGACAGCUACCAAGAGGGAUAACUGAAUAAAAUAGCAUCUUCAAAACUACAAAA